AUGUGUGGUCGUUUUAGUUGUUCAUUAGAUUCACAGACAGUUAAAUCACGCUUAUACGAUGAGCAUGUUGUUACUCAAGAUUCGAUUGAAUGGAAAGAUGAGGAUAAACAUCGUCCCAGUUACAAUGUUUGCCCUGCACGUUGGAUCCCUACCUUAUAUGAGUUAAGUAAGCCCAAUUCGACAAAGGUUAUUCAAUCAAUGCAAUGGGGAUUUAUACCUUCUUGGAUGACAACGACUCCUUAUAGCAAGCCAAUUAAUGCACGAUCUGAAACUCUACUUGAUGAAAGUAGCAUAUAUGAUCAAUCCAAAAAUACAAACAGAUGCAUCAUUAUAGCCGAAGGAUUUUAUGAAUGGAAAAUGAAAAAACAACCAUUCUAUAUAAAGCGUAAAGAUGGUCGAUUGAUGCUCUUUGCAGGUCUUUUUAGUACCAGUCAUAUUGCAGGAGUUAAGACAACGACUUGUACCAUCAUCACGACUUCAUCAGAAACCAUUGGAUUUUCAAAGAUACAUCAUCGUAUACCUGUUAUAUUGAAUGCUUCAGAGGCAAGUCAAUGGCUAGAUCAUACAAAGCGAUGGUCAAAAGAUAAAUUUGCCAGUCUGAUGAAACCAUUUAAGGAAGAAUUAGAAUGGUAUCAAGUAACAGAAAAGGUUGGAUCUAUCAAGAAUGAUUCAAAGGACUUGAAUCAACCUUUAGAUCAAACUAAAAAUUCAAUCUCUUAUUUCCUUCAAAAAGGACAAGAAGAAAAGAAAUCUAUUUUUAAUAAAGAGGAUGAAGCUAUCAAAAAGAAGAAUGUACCAAUGACGACUAUAAGGGAAAAUAAAAAUAUAAAAAAAAGAAAAGAAAGACAAGUAGUAAAGACAUGA